AUGACUGUUAAUGGAAUUUGGGAUUGGGCAUUGCUCAACGCACGCAAAAUCAAUGUGAAUGACUUGCGCAAAAAAACCCUUGCUAUUGAUGGACAUAUUUGGUUAUAUGAGAGUGUUAAAGGCUCGCAAACUCACUAUAAAACUGAAUCUACUUAUCUAAUAACAUUCUUCAAGCGGCUAAUGAAACUUGUUGAACAAAAUAUCAAACCCGUUGUAGUUUUCGAUUCAUUGGUUACAUCUCCAUCAACAUCUCAAGAUUUUUGUCAAAGAAAACGACGAAGCAGUUGUUAUGGCGAGCAGUAUUUUACGGAUUUCAGCGACAAGGUUUUGAAAUGUCAGGCACUUUUGCAUAAAAUGGGAAUAAAAAUGAUUUAUGCUACAAGAGAUGGCGAAGCUCAAUGUGCACAAUUAGAAGUCGAUGGAAUUGUUGAUGGUUGUAUAACAACAGAUUUUGACUAUUUUUUAUUUGGUGGCAAAAAUUUAUAUCGCAUUGUAUUUGAGGAUAAUUUGAAGGAUAUAACGCAUAUAUCAAUAAAAGAUCUUGCGAUUGAUGAGAAAAGAGUUACACGAAAUUCGCUAGUUUCUUUAGCCAUUUUACUUGGUUGUGAUUAUUUUGAAAAAGGUGUGAAAGGUAUUGGAAUAGCUACGGGUCUUGAAGCGAUUGGUGAAUUUGGCGGGAAUCCCGAUGAUGAUCCAAGUGUUAUUUUAGAUAGGUUUUGGUGAGUUUGAAUAGAAAAUUUUGAAAUUAAAAAAUAAUAAUUUUUGCAGUUCAUAUGUUCGUGCUGAAGUCCCAGAACGUCCGAAAGAUUCUGAAACCAAGCAAAAACUUCGAAAACGAAAAUUCCAAUUCCCCGAAGGAUUUCCUAAUUCCGAUUCGGUUUUCGAAGCGAUUUCAAUCUAUCUUCAACCAAAGACUACGCUUUUCAAAAAAGAAGAAUUUCACGAAAUUUUACCUCAAAAAAUGGCAGAAGUAGAGAAAAUGUUGAGGGAUGAAUGUGGAUGGACACCGGAAAAAAUGAACAAAGAAGUUGGAAAAUCUCGACGAAGACUUAGCCGAACUAAAGAUGAAUUAUUGCAGAAGAAAUUGCCGCAAUAUUUUUUGCCUUUGAAAAAACCGAGAUAUCAACCAGUUGUCGAAAAAUGUUCAGAAGAAGAAUAUAAAGAGGAGACGCGGAAAUAUGCGGAGAAUCGAAAACGGAAAACUCCGCAGGUUAUAAAACCGAAUUUGCCCAGAAAAAGGAGGAGCUGUAAAAUAAGGUAAUUUAUUGUCUUCAAAAGUCCACUUUCGAAUACAAAUCUGAAAGAGAUGAAAAUCAACAAUUUUGACGCCAAAGAUCCACGUGACAAAAACCGAUUGUUUUUCAAAGUUCAAAAAAUAUUCACUGUUUCAAAAAGUUAACAAGAAUUUUUUUAAACUUUUGAAAAUUCAAUUCCUCCUUUUUUUGCACGAAAAUUCCAGAUUUUUCGAAGUCAAAAAUAUUGAAAUUUUGUGAAAAAAAUCACUGUUUCAAAAAGUUCACAAAAUUUCUAGAUAUUUUCAAAAUUCAAUCGCUUUGUUUUGAAUUUUGAACAAAAACCUUGUGACAAUAAAAUACACGGAAAUUAAUGUGUUUUCCUAAAUUCAAAAAUUUUGGUGCCGAAAACCCGAGAAAAAAAAUUAUUCGAAUAAAUUCACUGUUCCAAAAAAUUUACAAGUCUUGACGAUUAGAAAAUUCAAUUCGACGAUUUUUUACUUUACAACUGAAAGAAAUCCACGUGGCAGUAAUAUGCACGAAAACAAACGCCUUGUCAAUGUUGAAAAAAUAAGCAAAGUUUUGUUGUUUCAGAAAGUUUGCAAGAUUUUUUGGGAGAUUAGAAAGUUCAAUAUUUCGAUAAUAAUUAAUUGGGGCCCUAAAAUAAACGUAUUUUUCUGAAAAUUCAAUCAAUUUUUUCAGCAACACAAAUUCAACAACAUCUUCAAUCAUCCUUGACGAUUCGCCCAAUUCAUCAAUUGAAAUUAUCCAAAUCGACUAG